GUUUGUGUUGAUUUUUGUACUACGUGGUGGGAACCUGGGAACACAUCGGACUUGAGAUACGUGGACGCAAGAUUGUCAGAAAGAUGACAACGAAUUAUUUGGAAUUAGAUAUUAACAAACUGUUUGAGGAUUUCACUAUUAAAGAGAUCGAGGGUAUUCAAAAGAAAAUUCAACAUGAAAGUGACAGAAAGAAAAUCGAGCUUAGAACUUUAGUUGGUGAAAGGUAUCGAGACCUAAUAUUGGCAGCCGACACAAUUGGGAACAUGAAAAUAACUUCAGAACGUGUUAUUUCAAGGAUUAUUAACAUUGAAGACAAAUUUCGAGAACUGCAGAAAAAAUAUCUUAUUGGUUUUAAAAUAGAACCUGUUAAGAAUGAAAAUGAUAGAAAGAUUGAAGGAAUUCAAGACUCUGUUAUUAUUCAAAUAAAAAUCUUAAUGGAUAUACCGCAAUAUAUUUGGUCCAGCAUUGAAAGCAAGAAUUUAUUAUUUGCCACACAGUUGUAUUUAGUAGCACAGCAUAUAAAUUACAGUUUGCUAUUCGAAGUAGGAAGUGUAGACCUAUUAAAAAAAUAUCAAAUUGUUUCCAAACAGUGGGAUGUUAUUAGCCAGUUUAAAAAUAUUAUAUUUAACGAAUGUAAUAAUAUAUUGCAAUCGUUGAAUGUAUCUGCAGAGAGUGUAGCAAAUUCUUUGGCAGCUCUAGUGUUAUUAAAUGGGUCGUCGUUCUCAAGUUUGUUACAAAUGUUAAUAUGCAUGCGCAAUCAAGCUAUUACAUCUGUUAUAAUGGAUGAGAAUGACAGCAGUGUUAAAAAUAAAAUAAAAUUAUGCAUCGAAAUAUUAAUUCAAAUGGUCAAUUUAAUUUAUUCUUGCUUCAUGAAUACCACAGAUAAAUCAGGAGGACUCGUUUUACAGUAUAUAACAAAAAUUCAGGAUCAAGACGCGUAUUCUAUGGUUUCUCAGUUAGACUUCAACCAAGAAUUACUGCAGGAAUUUCUUCCAUCGGUAACGAAACAGCAUAAACCUUUCGUUCAAGAUACCCCGAAAAAUUUGCUUUUACCAGACCUUCAAGAAAGUAUUAAAUCUUGGCUCCAUUGGGUUUCUGAAUUUUGCAAUCGCGAGGUCACGAAACUUUUAAAUCUAAUAGUAUCCAUAAAAGGUUUAUACUACGUUCGCGAGGAGGCUGUUAGUAUCAAUCUACCUGAAAAUUGGAAUUCAAUUUGGGAAGAACUUUCCCUGCCAAGGAUAACGUUCUGGGUGGAAUUCUUUCAACCUAUUAUAUCUCAAAGGGCGAAAAGUAUUAUAAAUGACAAAUGGCUGGAAACUGUUGCUGCGUUAAAGUCUGAUAUAGCAGAGUUGUUGAACAAAAUAGUUCACGAUAAAUUCGAAUAUCCAGAGCACGAUUUGCGAUGGUUCGUUUGGAAAGACUCACCGAGCGAUAUUCCUCACAAGCUCACCAAGAAUGGUGGACUGGACAAUAGGAGAUCUUUAUUGAUGAAAACUAAAGGAUAUUCACCUAACAUUCUCAAGUUAUGCGAGAACUUUGAUUCGAGUUUACACGCGCUGCUUUCGGACCUUGAACAAUACUUGUACGAGACCGAGCGCGUGAUGUCCAUAAAGGAGAAUCUGUUAUCCACGAAUAUAUCUUUGAUCUCCGAUACAUUCUCGGAUCGCGUGGAGAUCCAGGAACAUUUACAAACGAUCAGCACGGAUAUGAUAGAAGAUCUCAUAAACUUCGUGAAAACUACAUGCGUUAAUAGCAAACCCGAACAUGGUCAGCGCGACAUAAAUACUAUCGUGAUGGCAAGAUUCCUUUUGGCACUGACGACGUUGAGCUCUAAUCUAAACAAGUGUUUUACGCUUUCGAAGGUGUCUGGAUUAACCAUCACGAACAUGAAAUGGCAAUCCAUCUGCGACAAGCUGAAGGAAUCGAGCAUUUUCGUGUGGACGGUUUGGGCUAGCUUGUAUAAAACUAGAGUGAAUCAACACAAACAGAAGUAUUUGUCCAAAGAACCGCUCGACGGUUUUCGAAUACACUUACUUGUCUCUGAAUGGGAGAAAGUGACCAUCGAGGAAGAGUCUGGGGAGGGCAAAAGAAUUAAAUCUGAAAUCCUAGUGCCGUAUCAACCGUCCAUACAAUUGCAAAAAUUCUUGACUGCGAUUAGUAAAGAUUUAAAUAAAAUUAUACCUCACACGCUUCCAAAGAAAGUGCUCUAUGAAAUCAUAGAGGAUGUUACAAUAGAAUUAUUGAAUUAUUAUGUGACUGCAUCGAGCAAUGCAAAUCUCUCUCAGAAGCAAGCCUUGCAAGUGCUGUUCGAUAUCAAAUAUUGCACUUUGCUCAUGGUACCGCGAGAGAAUAAAACUUUGUGUGAUUUGUCCACGAAGGCUUGCGACAGUGUAUUGUCUAAAAUAGAUCCCUUCGAUUACGAUGUCUUCAAUCCGUUCAUCCAUACUAAUGUAAAGAAAAGCGUCCAGAGAUCUCUGCUUAUUUUAGGGAACCUGGUGCCCCACUUGGAACAGCUUCAUUCAAUUUUGGGCGCACGAAGCGAAUAUAAUAAUAGCGAUGGGGUGAAAUCAGAUUUACCUUCGGUUCUGGCGUUGUGCACUGGUGCACCAUGGUUUCCACCUUUGACUGUAACAGCUCCAGCUAGAAGUUUGCCUCUGGUGUGUGUAACGCUUCCAGAAAAAGCACAGCGGAAAAAAGUGAGCAACAAAGAAAACACGAAAAGCGAUUCUGCUGGAGCCACGAUCAAAUCUGGAGCAGCUGCAUUCUUCGGGGCGAUGGGCUCCGACUGGUUUAGCAGUAGUUAAUUUAUUUAUUUCAUUCAUCGCUAUAAAAGUUGUAAAUAUAAUUGAAUGUAUAUAUGUCCUAGAAGUAUGUUAUGUAAAUAUUAUAUUAUCAAAAAUUGCCUUUCCAACAAUGCUGUCAGUAUUGAAUAAAAAGUUUUAUACAAUCUUU